GAUUUGUAAAUUAUUUUAAGUGUUUCUUUUGCUGUUGGGUGUCGUAGAGAACGUGCUGUUACGUUGUGAUCUUAACCAUUAAUCAAAAUGAGCGAGACUCUUCAAUUAAAGGGGACCCUUUUGGGCCACAAUGGAUGGGUAACCCAAAUUGCAACAAAUCCUAAAUAUCCUGAUAUGAUUUUGUCGUCUUCUCGAGACAAAACUCUUAUUGUUUGGAAGUUAACACGUGAGGAAACCCAAUAUGGAGUGCCACAGAAACGUCUCUAUGGACAUUCUCAUUUCAUAUCUGAUGUUGUACUUUCCAGUGAUGGGAACUAUGCCCUUUCUGGAUCUUGGGAUAAGACUCUCCGUCUCUGGGACUUGGCUGCUGGCAAAACUACUAGACGAUUUGAAGAUCAUACUAAG